UCCUAUCACGCGUUUUAAACUUUAACCUAAACCUAAGUUGAUUUUCACAAAUCCCUAGGUUUCUCUGAUCCAACGGCAAUGAUGCAGAGAUGAAAACCCUUUUUUCUGUUUUCACACUUUCCUCCCCUCAAAUUCAACAAAAUUCUAUUUGGAACCCCAAAACAUUCGAGUAGUUCCUUUACCGUCGUCUCCUUAGGUCUCUCUGUGCGUGCCCCCUUUGAAAUCAAACGCGGAGGCUCUGACAUAAACCCAAUAAUCGAGAGAGAGAAAGAGAGAGAGAGAGGUAUUCGAUGCGUCUUUGAAUCAAUGAGUCUCCUCUGUUUGUGACUCUGUCAGAUUGGAUCCUCUGUUCUCCAAAUUUCUAUGAAUUUUGAUUCAUCACAGAAUGACGGGAUUUGCUAGGUCUCGUGAUCACACCUCUUCUUCCCAUAAUUCAAACAGCAGUGGUAGCAAUGUAUUUAACUUGCUUGCAAGGAGAGAGAUUUCGCCAAGGACAAAAUAUGUGGCAAAAUGGCAUUGGGUAGAAGCUUCAAAAUCAAAAUCUAGUUCUUGCUCUCGUCCUAAAAAUGUAGUUGUGAGAGAUGCAAGGCGUGGUCUCCUCUCAUGGGUUGAGGCAGAGUCAUUGCGGCAUUUGUCAGCUAAGUAUUGCCCUUUAUUGCCUCCCCCACGUUCUACUAUUGCAGCAGCAUUUAGUCCAGAUGGGAAAGUUCUUGCAUCCACACAUGGUGACCACACAGUAAAGAUAAUUGAUUGUGAAACUGGAAGUUGCUUAAAGGUGUUAGUUGGCCAUAGGAGGACACCUUGGGUGGUUAGGUUCCAUCCAUUGCAUCCACAAAUACUUGCUAGUGGAAGCUUGGAUCAAGAAGUUCGUUUAUGGGAUGCUAACACAUCAGAGUGCAUAAUAUCUCAUCAUUUCUACCGCCCCAUUGCAUCUAUUGCUUUUCAUGCCAAAGGGGAAAUAAUUGCUGUUGCAUCAGGCCACAAGCUGUACAUAUGGCACUACAACAAGAAAGGUGAAGCGUCCUCACCAAUAUUUGUGUUGAAGACAAAGCGCUCACUUCGGGCAGUGCAUUUUCACCCACAUGCCGCACCAUACCUUUUAACUGCUGAGGUCAAUGAUCUUGACUCUUCAGAUUCCUCAAUGACCGAGGCAACAUCUCUUGGUUACUUACAAUAUCCUCCACCUGCUGUUUUUGUCACAAAUAUUCAUCCUACAGAACAUAUUAGUUUGUCCAGUGAACUACCUGUGUCGUUACCUUUCUUCUUCACACCUUCAUGUACUGUUGAUGAGUCAAGAACAGAACUACAGCAUGCUAGUCAUGAUGUUAGCUCAGAUAGCAUGCAAAUCGAGUCUUCUGCCAUGGUGCAGUUACAAGCAGACACAAAUGCAACAGAGCAAUAUGAUGUUACAGUGUCUCCCAUGGAUACAUUCUCUGAGAUGCCCACUAGUUCUCAAACUGCUACAGAAUAUCCUGCUCAUGCUACUUUCUCUAAUGGAAUGAGAAUUGGCCUCAGUAACCUCACAAUGGAUGAUAGUAUGGAGACUGAUGAAGCCAGACCUGCUGAAGGAAGCCACCAUGGGAACUCUACUAAUUCCUAUUCUCUUAAUGGUGUGCUGCAUGGACUAUCUAGACAAAAUGCAAACCGUGGAAUUGUUUCAGAGUUUGGUCAAUUUCAUCAGCUUUUUCCUUCAAGAGACCCAAGUGGAUGGGAGUUGCCUUUUCUUCAAGGGUGGUUAAUGGGUCAAAGCCAAGUUAGCGUUCCCUCAAUGCUUCCUCCCAUGGGUGUUAGUCGUGACAUUUUAGCUCAACAGAUUGGUUCUUCCAUUAUGGCAGCUAAUCUUUCCACCUCUAAUGAUGUAGCAAUGCCAUCUUCAGCAAUACCUGGCAGCAUCAGCAUACCUGGUUCUUCUAUGAGAUCGGGUUUACGGAAUCAUUUUUCACAAUCCCGUGUACCUGUAUCUGAAUCUGGCAAUCUUGCUGCUUCUAUUAAUAGCCCACACGAUGGAUCCAAUAUCCAAACAAUCAUAAGUCGAAUUCAGUCAGAACUUGCCCCAUCAGUGGCUGCUGCAGCUGCUGCAGAGCUGCCUUGCACUGUGAAGUUAAGGGUAUGGUCACAUGACAUAAAAAACCCCUGUGCCCCACUUAAUGCUGACAGAUGCCGUCUCACCAUACCACAUGCUGUCCUCUGCAGUGAAAUGGGUGCCCAUUUUUCACCAUGUGGUAGAUUUUUAGCUGCCUGUGUUGCAUGUAUGCUUCCUCAUAUAGAAGCUGACCCAGGAUUACAACCUCCAGUGCACCAAGAGCCUGGAGUUGCUACAUCACCAACUCGGCAUCCAAUCUCAGCACACCAAGUUAUGUAUGAGCUGCGAAUAUAUUCCCUUGAGGAGGCAACAUUUGGAUUGGUGCUUGCAUCACGGGCAAUUAGAGCAGCUCAUUGUCUGACGUCAAUUCAGUUCUCGCCUACAUCUGAGCACAUACUGCUUGCCUAUGGUAGACGUCACGGUUCUCUUCUUAAAAGUAUUGUCAUUGAUGGAGAAACAACAUUACCAAUAUAUACAGUGUUAGAGGUAUACAGAGUGUCGGAUAUGGAACUUGUUAGGGUGCUUCCUAGUGCAGAAGAUGAGGUCAAUGUGGCAUGCUUUCAUCCUUUUGCUGGGGGAGGGCUUGUUUAUGGAACAAAGGAAGGAAAGCUUAGGGUCCUCCAGUAUGAUGGUGCUCAUGCAGUGAGUGGCACUGGACCAAGUUACUUUUCUGAGGAGACCAUCAUUGGUGUCAGUCAGUGAGCAAGGUUUAGACAAAGGAUUGGAGAUGGAAUUCAAUGAUCUACUUGACAUUCACUAUACUACCCAUAUGGUAAGCCCUUCUACCCCAACCCGUCCAUCUCUUCUUUGGUUGGAUUUGACAUAUAAAGCCAUACAAGUCAGCAAACUUCUCUGCAUAAGUAGAUUAUAAGAAAUACUUUUUGUUUCAGGAUAAUUCUAUGGAGAGGUGGACCUCUCAAGCAGUUGAGCUUUCUCACCAUAAGAAUGUAUAUUGAGAGUAGAGAUUCUCUCAACCAAUGAUGUUAUUGAAAAACCAAUUCAACCAUUUAUAGCUCAACUCUUGAGAGGUACAUACUCUUGAUGGAAAUUAUCCUUCUUUUGACGUGCAUGAGGUUCUAAAAUGUAUCUUAUCCCCAUGCAGCCAUCUCUGCUCAUAAUCUACACAAACUUAACAUCAUCAUACCCAAUGCUGAUGAGCCUAUGCAACUAAGAGCUGGAACUUCACACUCACUGUAUUAGCAAAUGUAUAUUUUUGUAUUAUCCGUGUAUGAUGAAUAUGUACUAACAUUAUCCUUUGUGAAAAAAAUGUUUGUAUUUCCUCUUCUCUCCUCCCACCCAUUUCUCCCCACGACCCAUAAGCGGGCAUCUCCCUUUCUACAUGUGUAACUUUGUAGUUUUAAAAAAAAGUUCCUUUGUUCUUUUUUUGUUG